UUGUUUUAUCUGCGCGCCUUUAACUUGAUAUUUUAGCGACACAUGAGAGCCACUAACUUAGUUAACUACCGCUCUGUUUGGAUUAUUCGGUGCGCUUUUGGACCACAAGUGUGACUUUACAAACAGUCAGUGAGUGGAUUUGAGAAAACAUGGGGACUCAGGGCACAGGACGGAAAAGAUCUACCAAGAAGGAAAGGUCGACGGCAGAGGACGAUGCCCUAAAUCUCAUAGCAAGAGAGGCCGAGGCCAGGCUGGCAGCAAAGAGGGCAGCCAGGGCAGAAGCCAGAGAGAUCCGCAUGAAGGAGCUGGAGCGACAACAGAAAGAGAUCUUUCAGGUGCAGAAGAAGUAUUAUGGCUUGGACACCAAAUUAGAUGACCGAGCGGACAGCAAAUGGGGAGAUAUUGAACAAUGGAUGGAGGACAGUGAGAGAUACUCACGUUCUUCACGGAUACACACGCUCUCAGAUGACGAUGAGCGGAUGUCAGUGGGAAGCCGGGGCAGUGUCAGGGACUCUUCAUCACUUAAGAAGUCAAAGAAAAAGAAGAAACAUAAGCACAAAGACAAAGAUAGGAACGGCUACGAUGAUGAUUACAGUGUUAUAUCCAGCAGGAGCUCAAGACUCAGUGAUGAAAGCAGAGUGUCUCGCUCCUCCAGGCUAGACCUAACGAGCUCCAGACUAAGUGAUGACACCCGGGUGUCUCGUGGCUCCAGAUUAGACCUGCAGCCGGCUGCUUAUGCUUCUUCUGACUUGUACAGCUUUAAUGGUCUCCCCUCCUCCAGAAACCCAGGUUCAGCUUUCAGUGGUUACCAGAGCUCCUUAUAUGAAGACAGUCUCUGCAGUGGGUCACGGCGAGUCACUGGCUCCAGCUCUCAUCCUUUAGAGUACACUAGUUAUCGCAGCUCCGGCUCCAGAGCCUCCUCCAGGGCCAGUUCGGCCCGUGCCAGCCCAGUGGACAACUGUGGCUCUGUUGCCAGUUUUUUGAGGAGUGCAGCCAGCAGCAGUGGCCUCCCCCGAGAUCUGGACGAUGUUACUAUUCCUGACUUUUCUGACGUGAGUCGCUUUGCACCCGCAGGAGGCCGCGGCUGUGAUGUGGAGGACAGAGAUUAUCUGGAGAAGGGAUCUCGAUCAGCUUCUGCCUUAACAGCAGCAACCCUCACCUCUUUAGGCGGGACUUCUUCACGGAGAGGAAGUGGGGAGACAGCUCUGACUGUAGAUGCAGAAACCUCUGUGCGAGAAAUCAAGGAGAUUCAUGAACUGAAGGAUCAGAUUCAAGAUGUGGAAACCAAGUACAUGCAGAACCUAAAAGAAGUGAAGGAUGCAUUAGUAGAAGUGGAGGAGAAGUAUCGUAAGGCCAUGGUGUCCAACGCCCAGCUGGAUAAUGAGAAAAACAACCUGAUGUACCAGGUGGACACACUCAAGGACUCGCUCAUGGAGCUGGAGGAACUGCUGUCUGAGUCACGCCGGGAAUAUGAGGAGAAAGUCAAGGAAUACGAGCGAGAGAAACAUGCCCACUCUGUGCUUCAGUUCCAGUUCAAUGAAAUGAAAGAGACGCUAAAACAAAGUGAAGAGCUUCUAAAUGACAUCCGUCAGCUGCGUAACAAACAGGAAGGUUUUGUUAGGGAAAUAUCUGACCUGCAGGAGACGGUGGAGUGGAAGGAUAAAAAGAUUGGGGCCUUAGAGCGACAGAAAGAAUACACAGAUGCAAUCCGAAUUGAGCGAGAUGAGCUCAGAGAGGAGGUGGUGCAGCUGAAAGACAUUCUGAAGAAACAUGGAAUAGUACUGGGACCUGACCUAAAUAUCAAUGGAGAGGUUGCUGAGGCAGUGGACGGGUCCUCCAGUGCAGACUCUGCUUCCCAACCAGCUCAGGAAUCACAGACCUCCCCACCGGAGGGGAACAGCAUGCUCGGCAACACAGAGGAAACGCAGUUGAGAAGUAGUGGAGGGGAAGAAGUGGAUCCUGAGCAGCAUCAAGAGAUAAUUGAGAAAGGCAAAGAGAAUCACUUGAGCUCUGAUACUGUCUCUACCAUUGGGGGUGUGUCCACUCUGGAGACAUCAAGCCAAGAGCAGCCAACAGAAGAACAACAGACAUGCUUAGAAGACAAGGAGACUGCUACAGAAGAAGACACUUUUGAGAAGCAAGGCUUUAGCAAGGACUUAAAUGGUGACAUUAAUGACCAGUUACUCACAGAAACCAGUACAGAUACAAUUGUUUGCAGCCCUGACCUUCAGGGGAUUGUACCAAGUUCUGAGGAAAAUGUUCUAGACACAGAAACACCAAAGGGGGAAGAUUUAGGGGAGACCAGUAACCAAGACAGAGAGGAGACAGAAACUAACACCAGUAAUGUUGACACACAAAGUGAUGACAUUAGAGAGUCAUGCAACAACCUUUUUGAAAAGCAAGAAAACAAACAGGAAGAUGAGGAAAGUAAUUUGAGAAAUACAGAAUCAUGUCCUCAGCAAAACAUUGCACAAGAUGUUGUGAAAGAAAGUUUACCUGAUGAGUCCGUCCCAUUUUCAUCAAACACCAAACUUCAACAAGAGCCUGAGAAUGCAGAGGAGGCAGAGAACGAGGAGGCAGAGGAAAUAUCAAAUAAAACUCAGCCUCACGGCACUGCUGCUUCAGGGAAAAAGAAGAAAAAGAAGAAGAGAGGCAAAAAGAAAGGAGGAACUCAUGAGGAUAAGAACCAACAAAAAGAUAGAACAGAUCAAGAAAAGGGCAAAACAGAUAAAGACAUGGAAUCAGCCACAAGAUGUAAAGGGCCAACAAUAGAACUUGAAGUUGAUGAUUCUGUCACUGAAACUGUCAAGGAAUCAAAGAUAGAUCAAGUUAAGGAGAAGGACAGGCAAGAAACUGAGGAGGUAGAUGAAGUAGAAGCAGUGAAGCCCACUGAAAUAUUUACUCCCAAUGAAACUCUCAAAGAAUCUAGUAUGGAUCAUGUUAUAGCAGAGCACGACAAGGAACAAACUUUGGAAACAAAAAAUGUGGAAGAAGCAGAAGCCACAGCAAAUCCUGAAACCUUUUCACACAUUGAAACUCCCAAGGAAGUAAGCGUGGAUCAUGUUACAGAUGAACAGAACGAGGACCAAAGUGAAACUGCAGAAGUAGUAGAGAAAGAGGCACCAGUCACACCCACUGAAAUCAUUUCUCAUGUUGAAACUCUUAAGGAAUCCAGACCAGAUCCCAGAAAGGAUAAGCAAGAUGAGGAACUAACUUUGGAAACAGAGAAAGUAGAAGAAGCAGAAUCUAUAACAAGUGAUGUUCCAGAAACCAAUCUGAGUACAUCUGAUCCCAUUGACAACUCCAAAGGUGCUGAGAGCACUGAUGGUCUUGACAAGGAGUGUACUUCCAGUGUUGAUAACUCUAAAAGUGAAACAGACGUCUCAACCAAUGGCAAUGUCAUCCAUGCUGCGUCAGAAACUGAAUGUUUGAUUGUUAGUGCAGAGGAUGAAGUUGAGUCUGUUGAUGAGAUGAAAUCUGAAUGGACAACUAAUAAUGCCGAAAACACCUUUGAAUCAAGCAGGAAGGAAAACACUGAAGCUGAAUUAUAUGUUCCAAGCAAUGGUGACAUUGCUGCUGAUGAAUCUGAAUACAAAAGAAAUUCUGAGAAUAAGGACAGCAAUUCAAUGUCCCUUUCUUCUACUGAUGGCUUAACUGAUGCUCUCAAGAGCUUGUCUGGCUCAGAGCUGGCCUCAGACCAGUCUGAAGCAGUAAACUCAGACAACAAUGAUACUCUCAUCAAGGUUACCGAUGAAGGUCCCAAGGAAGCAACUGAGACAGUCAAAGAUGAUGAGGAGCCAGGAGCAGAGACUGAACAGGAAUCCAUUUCUCCCUGUAUCAUUUCUCCCAAACAUGACAGGGAUGAUUCAGAGCUCAAAGCAGACAAAACUGAACAGGAGGAACUGAAUGGAGACUCAAGGGAACCUAAAGAUUCAGUAGAGACCGACAGCUCACAUGACGAAAAAAGUGGCAGUUGUGACAGUGCAUCAUUAUCCAAAAGCACUGAUGCAUUAGACACGGUACAGAGUCUGUUGGAGACUGUAGCGCAGGCAGAACAACUGGAUGAUGUAGAAAACAACACAUUACAGUCUGAGGAUCAGAUUGAUGAAGCAAAUGCUGAAGUGACCCCAGAAACAAAAGAUAUCGACAUGAUAAAUACACCAGACUCUCCAAAUCAGACUCCUGAAAUUGAGUCCUCUGUCGAGCAGGACCACAGUAGUGAAGAUCCGGAACAUAAAAACAGUCAAAAUGAUCAGCAGAGUGAGACACAGCAACUGCACGAACCCAGCUUAGACAAGCCUGACAGUAAGGAUUCAUCCCAACCCACCCUGCAUGACAGCGAUGAGGAGGACGCUGAAAAUGAUGAAGGGCUGUCUUUUGAUUUUGAUGACAUGGAUAUGGAGGCAGCUAUCGCAGCAAGUCUCCCUGAAAAUCCAAAACAGGAAGAAGUUGAGGAGGGAGUUGAAGUCAUGUCAGUUGAAAGCAACGACAGUAGUUCAGGGCUGUGCCAAAGUAAUACUGAGUCAAAUGAAAAUAGACAAGAUGAGCCAGUUGAAAGUAAUGAUGAGAAAUGUACAGUCGAUGGGGGUUCCCAGGUAGAUACACUAGUUACUAUGCCUGGAGACAACCCAAACUCUUUGGCUCAUGAUGAUGCCACGUCUAGUACGGUGGAACAUAUGGAAAAUGUGUGUGAAAAGCAGACAGAUAUGCCUGAGGCUGAAGUAGGUGUAGCAGAUGAACCUGGGCACAUUAUCGAGGAAGGAAAGGUUUUAAAUGCUGAGGAGUUAGAUGUUGUUGCAGAGGACAAUAACCAAGCAAUGUCAUUACCCAUAGAGGAAGGAUUGGAUGCCAUUAAGCAUGAGUUGCAGGGUGAAAAUUUGGAUAUGCCAAAAAGUACGGAGGUCAGCAACAAAGAGCCACAGCAGACAGGGAGAGAUGUGAAGAAGAACAGCAAGAAAGGCAAAGGCAAGGGCAAAGAAGAGUGUAAGAUGUCUUAGCAAAUGGAUGUAUGUAGUAAAGAUAUAUUGUGUAUCAUUUGAUCUGUCCACUUACUAGUAUUUGCUUAGCUGUUUACAGUCUAGUGCAGAACCUCACAGCACUUUGAUCCUUUCCCAAAUGAAUAUUAAUGUAUGUUUGUAUGUAUGUCCUGUUGUCAAAUCUAUGUAAACAGUCUAAGGUCCAAACAUCAGUUUUUAUUAAGGUCAUAUGUGCAAUGAUGAGAAUGUAAACUGUAACAUUUGAUUUUACUGUUGGACAGUACUGCACAUGAUAUGUCAGGUGACAUAAUCUUGUUAUUGUGUCAUGGCUAAUAUUGCUUUGCGCCUGUAUCUCACAUAUAGUUCAUAGAUGGACAAAAAAAAACACAAAUUCUAAUUGGUAGUUGUCAUUUUGACUCAAGCCAACUAGCUUUACAUGUUCUAGCUGUAAUGUUGAUGGUUAAGAUAAAAAGGUGUUCCGAGACCCUGUGCUGUUCUCAGGGGUUUAAAAAAAAACCUGCUGUUUGACUUAAAGGCACAGUUCGGACCUUUUGAAGUGGGGUUGUAUGAGGUGCUUAUCCAUAGUCAGUGUAUUACAGACAGUAGAUGUCAGUCAGCACACCCCCAGUUUGGAUAAGCAGCAGAAGUGCUGACACAGAAGCAAAGCAAUGGACGGUGGGCAGCAGCAUAACAUAUUUUAGCCACCUAACACGGAAACUGAUUAAGUGUGCACUAUAUGGAGAAUAUUUUCACCGCUUUACCUUUCCGUCAGACACCUCACUCUGACAGGAAGCUGUUAACAGCUUCAGUUACUCAUCUAUGCUCUUGUCACCAGACUCCACUGACAAAAACAGUAAUUUUGGCUUGCUGAACACAGGGGCUGUGGGUCUACUGCUGUCUCAAUGAGUUAGUUUGUGUUAUUGUGUGAAUUUUGUGAAUCUGAACUAACCCUUCAAACGCCAAAGUCACACAAUUACACAAAGUAACUGAUGAAGGCAGCGGUACACCGUCAGCUCCCAUGUUCAGCAAUGUUAAGUCACAGCUUUUCUCAAUGGAGUCUGGCUUUGAAGAGUGCAUUAUGGGAGCUUAAUUUCACUGUCCCAAAUUGCUGUCUGAUGGCAAACUUAAACAGUGAAAAUAUUCUUUUUUAGGUGGCUAUGAUACAUUUUGUUGCUGCCCCCGUCCACAGCAGUACAUUGCUUAGCUUCAGUUUCAGACUCCAGCCUGCUUCUCCAAACUGGGGGCAGGGCGACUGACAUUCAUUGUAGGUAAUACACUGACUUUGGAUAAGUACCCCAUACAACCCCACUGCACAAUAUCUGAAUUAUCCCUGUAAACAAAGCCAUUUCCAUGUGUAACAAUGGAAUGUGUUUGAUAAAUGUAUGUUUGCAUUUUGUUGCACUUAAUGGAAAAGAUGAAUGUGGUGCAUCCACACUGAAAUACCAAUAAAUACCCUGCUGUAACCAA